CAACCCUUGGGACGUAAUCCCCAAUUCUGACGUCCAUCCUAACCAUUUUAAACGUCAACUACGUCCCAAGGAUACUGAAUAACACAGACCGUCAUGCGUGCAUAAUGUGUUUCCGGGUAUGUUGCAGGUGAUUACCGGGUUUUAAACAGUCGAGAGUUCUAUACAUCAAUGGGAAGACAUAACGGUUUUGGAAAGCCCUGCUGAAGUUAAGUUUUUGCUUGAAUUACUCUCGAACCCCACUGGAUGUGAGCACUCAUCUGUAUUGUUAUGCAAAGUAUUGGAAGUGUGAACCUAAGAGUGUACUUUAGAAGUCAUUGUUCAAGAAAACAUUUUUGAGAACCUUUCAGUCCCUAUGGCUUCAUGAGCCCCAGAAAUUAGUUAAGUACUGCUGAAUAACCGAAUUUCAGGGAGUGGGCCAGGGACUCAAGACAUGGAGGUCGACGGAGAGGUACUCAAACCUACAAAUGAUGCACUUCUAGAAAGGGAGGAGAGGAUUGAGGUCGGGGACAAUGGGAUGGAGAGGACCUCUGAGGUCCUAUCACCACUGGAGGCCCUGGCUCCCUCGGACAGUCUUGACAUUCAGGAUCAUGCCACCUCAGGUCCUGUGAUGACAGACCAUGGCCAUACAGAGAAGAUCCCAGGGGGAGUUGCUUUAGAGCCCCCUAUAGACUGGUUUGAACCCCUGGAGGAUGACAAUUAUGAAGAUGACACACAGGGCUUGGACAUGGGCCUUGCUAUGGGGGAGCGACACAUGAAUAGCAGAGGGGAUGCUGAAGAGGAGAGUGUUGCAGGGAGCGAAAGGAGCGGAAGCGUGGCAGGCAGUGAGAGGAACAUCAAGAACAACAACAACCUGUUUUCUGUUUAUAGGCGGAAGAAAAGAGUGAAAACUGAAGAGGGCUGGGAGGACUGGCCGGCACUUGGAGAGGGGUGGAAGCGCAAGGCGGUUGUUCGUCGCUCGGGUUCUAGUGUUGGCCAGAGUGACGUUUAUUACAUGAGCCCGAGUAAUGAGCGUGUGAGAAGUAGAGUUGAGCUUUCCAAAGUCCUGGCAGAUACUCUGGACAUGACAAUGUUUGAUUACAAAACAGGGGUGUUCAGGGGUGCUGGACAACCCAAGACACUGCGCCUGAGAAAGAACAUACAGAAGGAUCAUUCUACCUCAGUGGACUGUGGCUUUUCCUCAGAGUCCAGCUCCAUGGGCACGCCAAGCAGAGACCCCCACCUCCAACAUAUCACUCCCCCAAGACCAAACACCUCUCUCAUACAGAUAAGUUCAGCCUCUGUUGCUCAUGAUGUGGAAGGUAUGAAGCACAGUGCAACUAAACUGCCCUGGAGCCCUGUGUCAGCGCUUUCAGUCUCCAUCAAUGGGAAGGCUGGUUCAGAGCCCUCCUUUUGCGUCUGUACCAUUUGUGAUAAUUCAUACACAGGCUUUGAGUAUGAAAGACAGAUGAAGAAUCCCUGUUGCCCCAAAUGCAGGGGCAAGAAUCCAGUUUAUCAAAGAUUCAGGAAGUGGAUUCCUUGUGGUAACUGUAAGGCUUGCCUUACCACAGAGGAUUGUGGGAGCUGUGCUAACUGCAAAAAAGCGCUGAACCCUGACUCCAGAAAACCUGUCAGCUGUCGGAAACGCAAAUGUUUAUGUCCGAUCCGCAAGAAGCUGGUUGAAGUUGGUGGACAAGAGCGGGAACUGGAACACGCUGUCGUACACGUCGAUCCAGAGUAUCCCAAAUAUGCCCAAAGAGUGACAUGUCUGCACAAACCCGAAGAUCCCCAAAAGUUGGAUCCCCAUCCCAUGACGAAUUUCAAGAUUGACAGCGGAGAAUUGCAGAACUCCACUCCCCAAUACAGUGACCCCGAAGAUUUCUCUGUGAAUGUCGAUAUAGAUGAUGACGAUGAAGAGUUUGAUGGUGAUGAUGCUGACUAUGAGGCUUGGAUAAGGAAACGUAAGCGACGCUCCUGUGGGAAGUGUGAAGCUUGUAAUAGUAGGAUGGACUGUGGGACUUGUGAUUUUUGCAUAGACAAACCCAAGUUUGGAGGCAGCAAUAAGAAGAGACAGAAGUGCCGUCUGCGGCAGUGCCAGAAACAGGCCAUGAGACACUUGUUGCCCUUUCAGUUGGGUCAGACUGAUUUUGGGUCCGAAGAGGGUUGGGUGCAGCUUGGCAGGCCUAGACCUCACUUUACAUACAGUCGCAAGACCACCCCAAAGAAAAGUAAAACACCGCAACGGGAAGUGGACCUGGAUUUCACUGAUGAUAUAGACGAGCCUCUGCAGGAAGAUGAUGAUAACUCCAUGGAAACAGCACAUUGGCGCCCUAUGCUUCCCAGCAGUAGCAUACCCCAGGAUGAGAACUUCAGAAACCAGCUACCGACAGUCCAGAUUUCUCAUAUUUUACAGGUGCAUAAAGAGACUAUGGAAAUUGUCAAAAAGAAUGCGCUAAUGGAGCGUGUCCCACAUAUCCUCAACCAUUUAAGUUCUCCAGCAUAUUGCACACUGUUCAAACCGGCGGAUCCCCCAGUGCAAUAUGGUGAAACCCCAGGUGAGAAUACGUCCUUGGCAACCCCGGAUGGACAGAGUGGAAUGAAUGGAGGAAGGCUAAGUGUGGAGAAACAUGUAGAAACUCCAUCUGGAGAGCCUGAAGUAGAGGAGGUCACACCUAUGAUCACUCAGAUCUUCAGUUUGGCUGACAGUGCAGGAACAAGUGGGAUCGACCAGGACCAUGAGUUGCUAAAGCUACUGGAGUCCCUGCGCAGCUCUGCACUCCCCACACUCUGGUUUGCCAUAAUGGUGGAGGGCCCGAUGCUACAGCUACUGCAGUGCUCCAAGCUCUCCCACAUGGUGGACACAACUGUCCAGAUUGACCUAGGCUUCUGCUAUCAGAUCUGUGUACAGGGCCAACAGCUGCUCCUCACCCACCCGCUGUAUGAAGCUCACCCAUCUGGCCUGACCUCUGUGCCCCAGGUAGUGAACCUGCUGCUAGAUCUGGAGAAGUACAACGUGUGCCAGGGGGUCCCGACCAAGGAGCAGCCAUUCAGCCAGGCUCCAAUUAUCAUUGAGCGGGCAUCAACCUGUGACUUUCUGGUACUUAAAGAAACAGAGCACUGUCCGAAGUGUAAGGCCUUAUCGUGUAGCUAUUAAGAACAUUUGAUGCCGCAUGGUCACUUAGCAGGAGAAAACUAACAAGUGGCCACUACACACAGCAUCACACCUCUGCCCUCACAAAACAUCUCAAGUCUUUGCUGGGGAUGGACAACCAGGACUGGUUUACACACUUACCACUGGACUUUGCAAUUAAAUGUAAGAAAAUUUGAAACGGGAUGUUUUAUUGCCCUUUUCAUAAGUAUAUCUUACAAAUAAAUGUACAAAUCAUUAUGUUUUUUAAAGCCUGCUUUUUUGCAAUAGCUUUUCAGGUUGAUUGAGGCACUACUAGUACAGAAUACAGAUAUUAUAGCUUUCAGCCGCUCUCUGACACCCAAUGUGAGCCGUGUGUCCCGUUAAUUUUUUUCUUGUUUAGUUCUCAAUGUGGAAGGUCACCGUGCAUCCACAUUUCCUCAUGUAGAUAGAUAUUAAGUGGUUUAUCUUGGUAACGUAAGCAACCUUCAGACAAGUUAUUGAUCAUAAGCACAUGAACAUUGUUCGAUUAGAUCAUUGAUUUAUAAAUUAAUCAAUAUGUGAAACCAAUGUCCCACAUGAAGACCUAAAUGGAUGGGAUUAUUACAUUCUGUCAACCGUUGGCUGAUCCAAUGUUGUUGUUUUGAUAGCAGGGGUUCCAGAACCUCUUCUAGAGGGUGAGACAGUGAUAAUCCUUAUAAGCGUCAUCUUCCCAUUGCCACUGUUAAUCAUCAUCUGAAGAGAACCACAGCCAAACGGCUUGCUUGAUUUGAAUUACACCGUCGGUAGCAUGUUAUAUCUUUCACUGCUCGUGGAGAUUCUGUUAAGUAUCUACAGUGAUGUUGCUCUAUUCAGACACAUCUGAAAAAUACAGAUGUGCUCAAAUUGAAGCAUUAGUACUUAGUUCUCUGCAAAACUGUUUUCUAAAACAUUUAUUUUACAUUAAAUGUAUCUGCAUUUGAAAAAAGUGAACACUGAAAUGAUUCUGUCAUGACCUGUGAAUUCUAUUCCUAUGGCUCUGAUCCUUUCUUUUUACAGUCUAUGCUCUGGUCAGUGUGUUGUUCUUUCUACUUUAGACCGUUAUUCCAUAUAGUUUCUUUAUAAGGUUUGGUAUCAUGGAGAAAUAUGCGUUUGUAAAAUGAGCAAAUUCUGCUGAUUUUUAAUAAAGCCUAUUUUUCCAAAUGUAA